AUGCUUCAUGGAAAACAUGUCAUGGUCCGUGUUGGUGGAGGCUGGGAUACUCUUCAAGGAUUUUUGCUUAAAUAUGAUCCCUGUCGAAUAUUACAGUUUGCUACACUAGAACAAAAAAUUCUGGCAUUUCAAAAAGGAGUUUCUAAUGAAAGUGUACCUGAUUCGCCCACGAGAACACCUCAGCCUCCUGAGAUGAAUCCUUUGUCAGCAGUUAGCAUGUUUCAGAAACAAAAAUCAAAACCUGGCACAGCAAUUGGUGGUCCAAGGAGCAAAGAAAAGCAAGCAUGCCCUCCAAUUGUGUUGAAGUCAGCGUCUUCCCAGAAAACAGGAACUCUGGGCUCUGUGUCAGGCUGCUCUAAAUUGCCAAAUUCUCCAGCAGCAUCUUCUCAUCUCAAACUCACAUCUUCAAAUGGCAAAACAAAGAAACCACAAGUGCCCUCCAACAGUGUGUCAUCCUCACUUGCUUUAAAUCCAGUAGGUAAAAGCGCUUCAUCAGCUUUAUCAACAACUGUGCCUUGUGCCUCUAAGUCAAUGAGAAGAAAUAUCUCACCCAAAACUCCUAAGGUCAAGUUUAUUCCAGUCCAGAAAUCAAGAGAUAUGCCUGAGUCUACACUUUUGCCAAAUAAGUGUUCUGGAAAAACUGAACUGAAGCAUUUGAAACACAAUCACAUAUCUUCCAGUGCAGUAUCUCACUCAACUGCACAUUUAAGUUCAUCCUCAAAGUGUCCAAAGCUACCUAAUGCAAAUAUACAUGUAAGACCUAAGCCAUCUUCUUUCCAGCCCCCAGCAAACAUGACAAAAUCCAGGUCUAAAACCAUAACCGCAGGCGGGGGAACACGGUCUCAGCCAUCUGAUGGAGCCCUGCAAGCAGGGGCAGUGCCAGCACAGAAACUUAGGUCAGCCUUGAAUGUAAACCAGCCGCUUUCUGUGUCCUCAGUUGUUCCUGCAAAAGCUGCACAGGAAUUGAAAGAUAAGAGGAUAGUUUCAGUUGCCAAAAAGCAGCCUCAGAAUAAAAGUGCACCCCAGAAGGCAGCACCCAACUCCUCAAAGUCCCCUGGCCGUGCCCCACUGUCCAUCAUGAGUCUCCCCCAGUCUUCUGCCAAAACACAAACUGUACCAAAGUCAGCACAGACUGCUGUCACUAAGAGCCAGUCUCCAACUAAAGGGCCACCAAAAAGUGGCAGAGCCCCAGCUUCAACCAGAAAGCCACCCUCAUCUGGUAAGGAAGCGGUUAGUGGAGAUAAAAAACCUGCCACAAAGGAAAAGGAAGGCGAUGACCAUUAUUUUGUUAUGACAGGGAAUAAGAAGCCAAGAAAAUAAAUACAAACACAUCAUUUCAAGAAGACAGAGGAAAGGAAAAGGAUGAAUGAGUUAGCUACACAUCUUAACAGUUUCUCCUAUUCGUGUUCGUCCACGUAGGUUCAGAUGUUUCAUACAAGAUGCAGGUGGGGAGGGGCAGAGGUUGGGAUGAGAAGGGAGGGCUCCUCCGAAUUCACCUGAAGGUACCCUUUUGAGGCCGACAGUUGUAAAUCAUGACAAGGUUCUCAUUAAUAAUAGACAUUUAUAUGAUUUUCGAUCUAUAGUAUCUUUGUUAAAUGUCCAGCAGCAUUUACAUUGCCCUUUAAGUGAAAUGUAAAAUCAAAUAACACUAUAGGAGUUAAAACUGUAGUUGCUGUAUUUCUGAAUAUGUAUUAACUAUGGAGGUUAUUUACCUGUUAAUAACAAUAGUGGUGCUCUUAAUAUGCGUUACUGCAUUUUAGUAGAAAAGCAAUGGUUUGGCACUUGUCUUACAAAAGGCCCCCGAUUUAAUUUCCUGAUCAGGAUCGCCUGCUGGGACGAUGCUAAGUACCAGUGGCUGCUGCUGAUUAGCUUGCUGGUACUCUGGGUUUGGUAGGAUAGUUAUCACUAUUUCUUAAGUUUCUGUAAGCUUUCCAAAUCAAAAGGAACUGAUUUUUUUUUUUUUAGAUAAGUAUUUUUUAUUGAAGGGUAGUUGACACACAGCAUUACAUUAGUUUCAGGUGUACAACACAGUGAUUUAACAUUUAUAUACAUGAUAAUUCUAGG